CCUCCAAGGUCGCGCCCCUCCGGGGAGCGCUGCCAGGGUCCUGCCAGUCGGGCUCUCGGCGGGCUGGUGGAGCGGGCAGGGGGCGCAGAGCUGGCAGCCCACGGGGCCUAGCCGGGGCACCCAGGACCGUCGCCGCACCCUGAUUUUUUAAUAAGACUUAUAUAUUCAUGCACACAGGAAUUGGAGUGCAGGCCUGAGGUGGGGUGAUGAGAAGAUACCCCAGAGACAGUGGGGAGCAGAACAGGCACCUCCACUGAGGGGAGCCCCAGGGGACAAGUGGGUCACUCCCUGGCCGACACCCACCCAGGCCGCAGGCUGGCCGCAGUGGCUGGGCCAGCCUGAUGGUGCGGCCGGGCCACAGGGCGCCUGUCCCAUGCCCGUUGUAGGAGACCCCGAGCAGGCCUGGACGCAUCCUCGGAUCUUCCCUCUCCCGGGUCUUUCAACUCCAAACGGUCCGCCCACCACUCAGGGCUGGUGCAAUGGUGCCCCAUCUGCUGCCCAGGCGGGCGGGGUGGCUCUUCUGGCGGCGGGCCGCCUGCGGCCCCCGAGCCUUGGCGGAGCAGAGGACACGGGCGGCCGCAUCCUGGACCCCUGGGCUGGGCAGCCCUUGGGGCUCCGGCGCCCCGGUCCGCAGGGGCAGCUCCCUGGGCGCCUCCCAGGUGCCGCUGACCCGGGAGCGAUACCCCGUGCGGCGGCUGCCCUUCUCGGAGGUGUCUGCGGAAGACCUGGCCGCCUUCGAGCACCUCAUCCCCGGCAGGGUGGUCACCGACCCCGAGGAGGUGCAGGCGUCCAACGUGGACUGGCUGAGGUCCCUGCGAGGACUCACCCCGCUGCGCACCAGGUACUGCCACGAGAGGAACCUGGCGGUGACCCCGCAGGGCGGCAACACCGGCAUGGUGGGCGGCAGUGUCCCCGUCUUUGACGAGAUUAUCCUGUCCACCAGCCUCAUGGACCAGGUCCUCAGCUUCCAGGACAUGUCCGGGGUGCUGGUGUGCCAGGCGGGCUGUGUGCUGGAGCAGCUGAGCCGGUACGUGGAGGAGCGGGGCUUCGUCAUGCCGCUGGACCUGGGCGCCAAGGGCAGCUGCCACAUCGGGGGCAACGUGGCCACCCACGCGGGGGGGCUGCGGUUCCUGCGCUACGGCUCGCUGCGGGGGACCGUGCUGGGCCUGGAGGUGGGCCCAGAGGGGACCAUUGGGUGUCCUCGGCAGGGCUGUGGACUGCGCCCAGGGGCCCGGGCACUGGCCGGGAGCCACGGGGGGGUGACCGUCCGCACGUGGUGGCCCAGGCGCGUGUCCCAGCCGGGCAGCCUUCUGGGAGCUGCCCUCCCCACCCACGUCCUGCAGCGCGUGGCCCCCUCGCCUCCCCGGGGCCUGGCCGUGGUUUCCUGUGUGGUCUCCCCUGGCGGUGAUGGCCAGGUGGCCGCCGGGAUGGGUCCCGGGCAGCACGCGGUGCCACAGGCCUCUCCGGGACGCGCAGGCGGCAGGGCGAGCAGCCUGGGGCGGCGGGUGCGCCGGCCCGGCGUGCGGGGUGCGGCGGGCGUGGCCUGGACCCGUGGACGCUGCCCUGAGCUAGCGCUUAGACGGGUGCGUUGCUUGCCCGUGACGAGCCGAGAAGGGGGAGAAGGCGGCUCCGCUCCCCAGACAGCCGUUGCCUGGAGACGGCCGAGGCCGGGCGGCGAUUGGCUGGGGGCGGAGGCCCCCUCCGUGGGUCCGGCCGAGGCUGCCAGACCGCACUGCGCCAGCAUGGACGGGGUGGACCUGUGGGCCUGCACCCUGGCCCAGCUGAUGGCCAAGAGGAAGCCCCAGGACACCUGGGAGCUGCUGGCCGAGGAGGACCUGGCCGCGGGGAACCUGGACGGCUCCGGCUACCAGUACUGGCUCGAGGGGCUCUCGAG